AUGCAAUUGAAGAAUAUUUUAGCUGUUUCAGCUAUUGCUAGUUUAACAUCAGCUGCUAAUAAUUCUACCUUAACUACUGCUACUCCAUCAGUUAAUAGUGGAUGUUCAUUUUCAGAUUUUACUGCCACUGCUUCAGGUCAAGUUGCUUCAGUUGCUGCCUGUGAAACUGCUGUAGGUGAUGUUACUAUUCAAGGUGAUGCAUUCGGAACAGUUGAAUUAACUGGUUUAAAACAAUUAUAUGGUGAUUUAUCAAUCAUAAAUGCUACUCAAGCUUCUACUGUUAAUGCACCAACUUUACAAUUAAUUUCAGGAACUUUUGAAGUUAAUGCUAACACCAUUUUAUCAAACUUGAAUUUAGCUCAAUUAACUACUGUUGGUACUUUAAAUUUGAAUGCUUUACCAGCUUUAGAAUCAACUGGUUUAGCUUCAGGUUUAACUUCAGCUGACUCAAUUAUUAUUUCAGAUACUGGUUUAAAUCAAUUAACUGGUAUUAAUGUCUAUAGAUUAAAAGUUUUCAAUGUUAAUAAUAAUGGUGAUAUUGAUACUAUUGAUUCAGGUUUACAAGAAGUUACUGAUACUAUUGAUAUUUCAUAUAAUGCUGAAAAAGUUGAUGUUAUUUUAAAUCAAUUAACUUCUGCUAAUAAUGUUAUUUUACAAUCAGUUAAUUCAUUCCAAGCUCCAAACUUAACUCAAACUAAUGGUUCAGUUGCUUUUUCAUCAUCAUCAAUUGAAAAAAUUGAAUUAAAACAAUUAAAAUCAAUUGGUAAAUCAUUAACUAUUAAUAAAAAUGAAGAUUUAGAUGAAGUCGAUUUCCCUAAAUUAGAAACUAUUGGUGGUGCUUUACAAAUUUCCGAUAAUGAUAACUUAAAAUCAUUAGAUGGUUUCCCAGAAUUAAAUUCAGUCGGUGGUGCUGUCAACAUUAAUGGUUCAUUUGAUAAUGGUACUUUCAGCUCAUUAACAAGAGUUGCUGGUGGUUUUAUUUUAAAAAUUGAUGGUGAAUUAUCAUGUUCAGCUUUCAAUAAAUUAAAUUCAAAUGGUGAUGUUAAAGGUGAUAAAUUCCAAUGUCAAGAUAAAGUUACUACUUCAUCAUCAUCAUCUAAAAAAUCAGGUUCAGAUUCAUCAUCAGAUUCAUCAUCAUCUGAAACUGGUUCAUCAUCAGGCGGUUCAGGUUCUUCAUCAUCAGGUUCAUCAUCAUCAUCAAGCAGAAAAUCAGAUGCUAACACCGCAAGAGUUGGUUUAUUAGCUUCAGUUAUGGCUGCUUUUGGUGCUAUUGGUGUUGCUUUUGUUUAA